AUGAAGAUGGUUUCCUACAACAUUAGAGGGCUGGGGAGCAAGAUCAAGAAGAGAGAGUUACGGGAGCUUUUACAAAAACAGAAGAUUGAUUUUUGUUUUAUACAAGAAACUAAGAUGGAGAACUUCAGCAAUUGUGAUCUUAAAGGGAUCUGGGGGUCAGAUUGUUUUGACUUUGCGAGGCGGCAAGCAGAAGGGAGAUCAGGGGGUAUUCUCUCUAUUUGGAACCCAGCGCUGUUCUCCAAAUCCAGCCAUUGGGACCUCCCGGGAGCUUUGAUCGUAAACGGUAAGUGGAUCUCUGAAAAUCUCAAUGGGUGUUUGAUCAAUAUUUAUGCUCCUCAAUGUUUUAAUGCCCGGGAAACACUUUGGGAUAGUCUUGGAGUGGUGGUUAGACAAAAUAGAGAUUCUUCUAUUUGCAUUGCAGGGGACUUCAAUUCCAUUAGAUAUGAAAGUGAAAGAGUUGGCAGGGGAACCCAGUUCUCGACUAGGGACUUGAAUGCCUUUGAUAACUUCAUUAGGGCUAACGAUCUUACUGAAAUUCGGUUGCAAGGCAGAAGCUUUACAUGGUACCAACCUAAUGGACAAUGCAAGACGAAGCUCGACCGUUUCCUGGUUAACGAAAAAUGGCUGGACCAGUGGCCUCAUUCAAAAGUGAGAGGCCUCCAAAGGACAAUCUCAGACCAUUGCCCGAUUCUAUUGGAAACAAAGGCAGUUGACUGGGGUCCUAAACCUUUCCGCUUCAUCAAUGCGUGGACCAGCCACAAAGAUUUCGAGAAGGUGGUCCACGAUUCUUAG